AUGUCCGAAUCUUUCGAAAUUGUCGAUGCCUUUAUGCGUUACCCCCAAGAGCCAUAUUUGUAUCGCAUACUCACUGAAUCCUCGGUUUUCAAGUAUCUUGUAUCUCCCUCCGCACCGCCCGGGGCAUGCUUCCCCGACAUCCGCGGCGAAUUCCUCGCCUUCACGUCCGUCAGCCGAGGAGAUUGGACUAUCGGACGCCUAGGUCCCACAGGAGAUGGGCGUUUGAGCCUAAGCUCUACUGAGAACACUUGCCUUACGGAUGUUUGCACACCAUGGCAUGCUUCCAGAAUCGACUUGCUUGACCUCCCCUCGCGCCUCUCUGGAGUCGAUACGCUGGACGAGCUACAGUGCCACGGUCAGUUGACAGCCAGAGUCGUCACGACGCCUAGCCGCUACGGGCAAUGCCCCACGGCUAUUUGCUUCUGGAUCUGGCAGCCUCAUUUUCGCUAUGGGCUGUAUGCAGAUAGUAAGAUGUAUGCCGCCAUUGAAGGUCACGGCAUUGCGCCCAAGUUCCUAGCGCACAUCACCGAGAACCGCACCCGCGUCAUCGGCCACAUGUUGGAGAGACUGAAGGUUCGUCUGGCUACUAUCCACGAUAUGGGAAAAUGCCAGGCCGUUUUGGCAAGGCUGCAUGGCCUCGGCAUCACGCACGGCGGCCUAUCGCGUCAUUCUUUUCUGAUAGACGACGAACGUCGUUGCGCCUAUCUUCACGGAUUCGUCAAUUCGUACCACACGACCGACAAUGGCGUGCUGCAGGCUGAGUUUAACAGCCUUGGGAGAAUCUUGCCGCGAAAGCCGGAUCCAUUAACAGUCGGCCAGGAGAAGCUGUAG